UUUUUCGAUAAAUCCGCCAUCACACGAGUCGUGUUGCGUUGCAAAUAAUAGAAAAAAUUGAAUAUUCAACAACAGAACCAUAAUACUGCGCCAAAUAAACCACACGAGAAUGUGCAGGCAACUUCAAGGCAUUGAAUUAUAAUAGAAAACAGCGAAAUAAUAGCGGACCAAGUGAAAGCAGAGCAGUGCAAAAUCUCAAAAUUAGUUGUACUAUAGAUAGCAUAGCACCAAUCCACAAAAGGCAAAACCAAAAUGGGAAACGAAACAUCACUGCCCAUGGAAAUGUGUUCCAAUUUCGAUGCCGAUGAGAUUCGACGUUUGGGCAAACGUUUCCGCAAACUGGAUCUGGACAAUUCGGGAGCAUUGAGUGUGGAUGAGUUCAUGUCGCUGCCGGAGCUGCAACAGAAUCCGCUGGUGCAGCGCGUGAUUGACAUAUUCGAUGCUGAUGGCAACGGGGAGGUGGACUUUAAGGAGUUCAUCCAGGGCGUCUCACAGUUCAGCGUUAAGGGUGAUAAACUGUCGAAGCUGCGCUUCGCCUUCCGCAUCUACGACAUGGACAACGAUGGAUACAUUUCGAAUGGUGAACUUUUUCAGGUUUUAAAAAUGAUGGUGGGCAACAAUCUGAAGGACACGCAACUGCAACAGAUCGUGGACAAGACAAUCGGUUUCGCGGACAAGGAUGACGAUGGCAAGAUCUCGUUCGACGAGUUCUGCUCGGUGGUUGGAAACACGGACAUACACAAGAAGAUGGUUGUUGACGUUUAAUAGGCUUACUGAGAAUCAUUAUUUUUAUAUGCAGUUUUAUUUAUUCUUUUUUACAUGCAUAUAUGCAUUCUUUUUUUCACAAUUACUCCCAUGAUAAUGUCAUUUUUGUUGUUGAUCAGCGAUCAGGGAUUCGCAUUGUUAUAAAGCUGUUAAUGAGCCAGUUCAGUAAGUCAGUCGGUAAAUCGAAUCAAUCAAUCAAUCAGUCAGUCGAGCAAGCAGUUACUCUUAAGUUGAAAAGUGAAAGUGAAAUAAUGCGCCUCCUACUUACUUCUUUAAUGUAUACAUCUAUAUACAUACAUACAUAUACAUGCAUAUAUAUAGUCAUAAUUUAUUAUACAAAUAUACACUUAAUGAACUUAAAAAUCCUCAACAAAUCAAAACUAAAACUUAAACCAAUUACACAAACAAACUCCAUUCAAAGUGAAGGCAAAUAAAGCAAGCAAGCAAGCAAGGUUCAACCCAUCUAAAGGAUCUUUCCAAUCGGUAAAGAGAGAUAGAGAGGUUCGUGCGCCUCGCCAACUCGUCGUUUUUCCGGCUUUCCACACACGCACACACACAGACACAGCUGAGCCGCCGCCUGAGCCCGGCCAUGUGUCAUAGUUUAUGUUAAUUAUUUCUAAUUCUCCUGUGAUUUUGCCAAAAAAAAUUGAAAAAUGAAAAAAAUUAUAAAAAGAGCUCGUAAGAGCAGAGCAGUGCAGAACAAGAGCAUGCGAGGGGGAGGGGAGUGUGCGUACUCCUCUAUCGACUUAGCUUAGUCUUAUUUACACAUUGUGUACUUUUUAUAUAUUUAUACAUACCUACUUGUACUAAUCGAAUGUUAUAAUCUACGUAUUUUUUAUAUCUCUUGACUAACUUGAAAAGAAGGCAACAAUGUUCUUAACUUCUUAAUCCCAAACAACCCCCAAGCCCAACCUAAUCAAGCCUAACUUUACUCAAAUCAAUCGGAUAUUACGAAUUACGGCUGCUCGAAAUUAACUUAACGAAAUGAAAUGAAAUUAAAUAUGCUAAAGUUUAUUGAGUAUCAAGAGUUAACUGAUGAUCGAAUAAUUAUACAUACAUACAUCAAUACAUAUGAAAGCAAUGCCAUGCAAUGCGAUGCGAUGCGAUAUUGCAUUACAAUUUUAUACUUAAAAGUAACACUAGUUAAAAAAAAAAUCAAAACGAAUAAAAUGCAUGUUACAAAUUUUACAAUUAA